UGCGCGUCAAUCCAUUCAGUCAGUUACUCAGCCAUCAACUGCCUCCGCUCACACAUUCCUGCGUGAGGUGUGUUUGGCGUAGAGGUAAGCCAACGCUCUUGGGAGGGGGCCGUUCUGUAGAUGCUCCUUCGUCACAGCCGCUCUCUCGGUGUGGUGCUCCUGCUUGAAGCGGCCGUCCCCUUUGCUGCUGAUGUUGGUGGUGGCCAUUGUGGUUGUGGUUGUGGAUGCUGACUCGUCACUCGCCGCAGCACCCUCCGACACAUCAGACUGAGGAAACACAUGCACGGCGGCACGGCUCUCUGUGUGUCUGUGUAUCUCUGUGUGUCUGUGUGGCUGAGGGUAGUGAGUGCAUCCUUUAUCGAAAAUUACUGUGUGGUGUGCUGCGCUGUGUGUUCCUAGUAGGCACAUUAGAAGCGAUUUCCACACAUACACCCACACACGAGGCAAAGGGCACCGCAGACACCACACAUCACAUUCAUUCAUUCAUUCAUGUGUGUCGUGAGUGAGAGGUUCAUGGACUUACUUGUUGGCCAUUGUCGUCUUCGUCACGUGUCUCUUGUUUGUCGGCGCCCGCCACAUCCUCAAGCUGACAUCACAACACAUCCAUCACACAUAGAGUUUGGUUUGUGCGUCUCCUUGCCUGUGUGUGCACACCUGGCUGAUGACGUUGUCUAUGAUGCCGUUAUUCUUGGUCGUGCCAUCGUCUUCACCAUCGCCCUCUUGCUGCUCACUGCGCUCCACUGCUGUCGAUGGCAUCAAUCCGUCGGUGGCCAACAGAGAGCCGGCCACCGGGUCACUGCCACUCUCACUCGCGGCGGGUGUGUCGAUCUGCCGGAACGACAUUGGGCGCUGGACGGUGUAACGCGAGGGGCUGUAUUGGGUGGGGCCGAGGUUGAGGUUGAGUUGGUUCUGCCCGGGCGCCGGUUGCGUCAUGACGCCACUCGGAGGCAUCAUGCCCAUGCUCGAGGCAGAGAGGGAGGGUGGGACGGCGGGGACGAAGAGAGGGGCUCCGUGCAUGCUCCAGACAUUGCCGCUUCGCUGCCUGAGUCUUGCCUGCUCGGCAAUUGCGUCCUCCAUCCCUUCGACCUGUCGACGAACUUCGUGGCGCAGCUGAUUCACAUGAUCAGAUAGAGACACAGAGAGUUACAUAGUUCACACAAAAGUGUGUGUCUGAGUGUGUCGCUGACCUCCUCGCGCAGACGAUUGAGCUCCUGCUUCUCAAACUUCCUACACACACAUGCAACCAAACACUAAGUGAACCUGUCUGUCUGCCUGUCUGUCUGUCUGUCUGUUUCUCAAUGAGCCUCUCUGUCUGUGUGUCUGUGUGUCUGUCUGAUUGAUUGAUUGAAUGAUUGUCUCACCAUUUCUUCGAAGGCAUAAUUUUGAGGUCGAUGUUGGAGGGAGGCUGCUGGCACGACACACACCAAGGACCGGCCAGCAACGCCAACACACACAGCAAAGUCAGCGUCAUCGUGCAGGCGCCCGUGGUUGGUUGAUUGAUCGUCAGCCCGUCACUCAGUCACUGAGUCACUCAGUCAGUCACUCAGCCGAUGAACGAUGAAACAGAGCGAGGCAGAUCGUUACACAUACAUGUGCCCACAUACAUAAUGAUGCAUACGUCAUGACGUAUAUGUAUCGUCUGUACAUACAUACAUAAACGAUACAUGCGACGAUUGACU